CAUACAGAGCACUGAGUACAGAGCGGCAGAGCGCUCCUUCGGCGAUGGUCGGGUUCUGUUAACAGUUCACUCGUCUUCCAAUACGAGAUGACUUGCAGGCGCCUUUUUACCGGACUCCGAGCUUCUAAAUCAAUUUCAUGGAAACAAACAGGUAGUCUUCAGAAAACCCUUGCAUCUACGUUCGAAAUCUCGGGGACGGCACUCCAUUCGGGGGCAUUGUCGACGGUGAAGUUGUUUCCGGCUAAGGCAGGGGAAGGAAGAUUCUUUGUUCGUGAGCGGACGAGAAUUCCGGCGUCCAUAGAUUUUGUGACAGAAACGACACUCUGUACGACGCUGUGCAGAGAAGGAACUAGGGUUCGAACUGUCGAGCAUUUACUUUCGGCUCUGGAGGCCGUCGGAGUUGAUAACUGCCGGAUUGAGAUAGUCGGGGCUGAUGAGGUUCCUAUACUAGAUGGAUCAUCAAGAAAAUGGGUUGAGGCAAUAGAACAAGUUGGUUUGUCUGUGGCGAAAGAUCAUGAUGGUAACAGCACGUAUAAAAUGGCACCUUAUCUUCUUGAACCAAUUCAUGUGACGAAAAGCGAUUCAUUUCUAGUUGCUUUCCCUUCUCCCAAGGUUUAUAUCACUUAUGGAAUAAAUUUCCCACAGGUACCUGUUAUCAGUUCUCAGUGGUUGUCUUUGGCUUCCAUGGACAAAUCUUUCUAUGCAGAGCAAAUAGCUUCUUCAAGAACCUUUUGCAUUUAUGAAGAGGUGGAGAGAUUAUUAGUGGCUGGACUAAUACAAGGUGGAUCAGCAGAAAAUGCCAUUGUUUGUAGUGCCAGUAAAGGCUGGUUAAAUCCACCAUUGCGUUUUGAUGAUGAACCUUGUCGCCACAAGGUUUUAGAUCUUGUUGGGGACCUUUCUCUUUUUGCACAGGCUGGUAGUCAAGGGGUUCCCGUUGCACAUAUAGUUGCUUACAAGGGUGGCCAUUCACUACACACUGCAUUUGUACGAUGCUUGUUAGGUUUGUGUGAAAAGAGCAUGGAGCUAUGAGAGUGUAGCAAACCGGGUUUGAUGUUCUUGACAACACUAUCUAAAGGUAGAGCUGCAAAUGGUAUCCAUUUGGUCUGAAUUAGAAUUCAAAUCUGAUCUGUUUAUAAUUGGAUUGAAUAUGUUUCCAUCCAAAUCCAUUUUGAUAGCAAUUAUAAAAAAAGAAAAAUCUAUUCUGAUAAUUAAUAAUAUAUAUGCUUACACCCAUAAAAUUAAUAUAUACCUAUAGCAAAGUUGGCUUCAUUUUUAUAUGCUUACUAAUGAUUCAGAGUUUUAGGUCAACUAGAAGUUAUUUCAAGUUAUUUUAUUAAUGGUAUACAAUAUAAAAGUUGUUUUCAGUUCAUUUUAUUAAUAAUAUAUAAUAUUCCGAUUUUUUAUUUUUAUUUAUUUAUGCUAUACAAUAUCUGAACCACAUACUUGAAUCUGAAUAUUAAUAGAUCAAAUUUGGAUCUAAGUAUAUCUGAUUCAAAUCAGAUAUCUUUGCAGCUCUACCUAAUAAAGGCUUGUGAUAUUAUGGCUAUUGUAUAUUAGCUAUAGAUUGCACGCAUGAAAGAUGCCAGAGAAUGAGAGACUGAGAGUGUAAAUAUUUGUAUUUUGCCAUAUUCCUGUUUCCAUAAAAAACUCGGAUACUGUGAAGACAAAGUGGCUCCAAUGCAAUUAUUGUUUAUCGAGGCCUAUAUUUUUGGCACUCUAUUUUUUAUUUUAUUUUAUUUUUUAUGAGUAGGGCCUAGGGGGCAUUCUAUUGUUAAUAUGCAUAAAGAUGGUGUUUUUUAUUUACU